AUGAAAUUAUCAGCAAAGUUAUGGCAAAGUGUUGCCAAGAAUUAUGCAAAACUUCUCGAAGAAGAAGAAACUAGUGAUGUAUCUAUAACUGUUGGAAGUGGUGAAGAUGUAAAAACAUUUUAUGCACACUCAUUAAUCUUGCGAACUCAAACACCUUAUUUUCAUACUGCUUUGUCAGCUCAAUGGGGAAAAAGGGAGGGAGAUAAAAUGUUCUUAUCAAAACCAAAUGUCACACCUGCGAUAUUUGAAGAUAUUCUCAAUGAAUUAAAGUUAGAUGAUAAAGAUGUUCAACACUUGCUUGGUCUAUUGUCUGCUUCUGAUGAAUUGAUCCUUCCGACACUUUCCGAACAUGCCAAAAUGUUGACUUUAUGGGUUCAUCCGGAUCUGUUUCCUAAACAAGAUUUUAUAUUGAACCCCGAUUUCGUCCCCGGAACAAAACCUGGACAAUUAUUAGAAAUUUAUCAUUCUAAUGAAGUGUCUGAUGUUACCAAACAUUUAAUCGUUAAAGUUGGUCUCUUUGACAAGGAGAAUAUUGGUAAAGAAAGACCGAUUUUACAGAUUUCAUUGGCAAGUCAUAUUGCAAAUGUAUUUGGAUUUAAGACAAGGACGAACGUUUUUGUAAGAGAGGUCGAUGAGGAAUCAGUUACGGCAGAUUAUGUAGAAUUUUCAUUUAGGGAUCAAUAUAUUGGUAGAAGUGAUAUGUGGCGUUUGAGCAGAAGUCUUUAUCGUACAUGUGUAUAUAUAGGAAAAAGGAUAGAAUUCGCGGGAUGCAUAAGAGCUCAGGUGAAGAAGAUUUACGUUAAAGGAGAACAAUCAUCAUGCGGGUAUAUCACGGAAAAUACAAAACCUAUAUUUAGAUCGGAAUCGGCAAAAUUAUUUAUCUUUAUACAAAUGUCAAGGGAAAUGUGGGAAUUUGAUGAAGAUGGGGAAUUAUAUUAUGAGAAAGCGAUUGAUGGAUUUUUUACGGAAUUAUUUCAACGUUGGAAGGAUUUAGGUACAAAUCAUGUGGUAUCCAUAGUUUUAUUUACAAGAAUAUUUUAUGAAUAUGAAGACUUGGUAAAUGAUCCUGAAUUAAAAGAUGAUGAAACACUUAAAAAAAAUCCUGAAGGAAAAUGGUAUAAAGAUUUUUAUAAGGUUAUCAUUGAUUGGGAGAUAAGAGCUGAAUGGAGUUUCGUACUUCAAUUACUCAAACAAGAACUUUUACAAUAUCAAUCAAAUAUUUUAUUAAGAGAGAGUAAGACUCCGGAUGGUGAAUCGAUCAAAAUCUUGUUGGGAAAAAAUUCUUAUGCUUUUGAAGGAAAUAUAUUAGAGGCCAUCAAUUUAGCAUUAAAUCCGUUUGAUAGGCAUUACGUUGAUAGAGAUUUAUUACGUACCGGAUUAUCAGUCAUCAUAAUAACUCCGGGAUGUGGUAGAUUUGAAGUUGACAAGAAGCAUUUACGUAUAACAACGGAACGUAUGAUUGAUAAUGGUAUCGGUUUAGACCUCGUUUGCCUUUCAAAAAUUCCUCUUCAUUCCGUUCCCUUAUUUGAAUUUAAAUCACAAGAAUUAUCAAAGGCUCCACCACCAGAUUGGUGGGAUCAGAACAAUAGAUUUGGUAAUAAAUCUUCCUUAUCCCAAUCAAAAGAUUUAAAGUUAGAAUUAAGAGAUCCGUUAGACUACGAUGAAAAUCCAAUCGAUGCAAAUCAUACGUAUUAUAUAACCCCUGAUUGGAUUGACUGUAGUUUUUAUUCUAGACAUCAAGAUAAACCUUUUAAACCUGAUAAAUUUACUACGAGGUGUAAAAUGUAUGAAAUUCAAAUGAUGGGAAUUAUGGAACAUGAAAUUUCCUCCAUCAUCAUUCCUUAUUUAGAAAAUGACUCUCCAUCUCAUGAUUCUUUAAUGGGUCGUUUAAUAGAUUUACGUCGUUCCCAUGAUGAUUGUAUGAUCUCCAUGCCUGUAAAGGGCAAUUCCAAUGAAUUCUCAAGAAGUUUACCAAAAACAAUCGCUCCAAAUCUAAUGAUUGAAUCUCCUUCCAAGGGAAAUUCUUUUCCCUUAAAAUCAAAUCGAUUAUCUGGUACCAAUUUAAAUUUGAUGGAAGGAAAUACUUUACACCCCCCGACAAAUUCAAUGAUAAACAAAGGUUUAUAUUCAAGAUCUCAUUCACAAAUUGCAUAUGGGCAUGAUAGUGGUGGUAGUUAUCAUGAAGGAAAUCUUAAGAUUAACGAACCGAUCGAAGAAGAUGAAGGUACUUUUUUAACUUCAAGCACCAAACCUAUAUCAAUAAAAUCUUCAUCACGUUACUACCAGAGACAUGCUGGAGAUUCUCCACAAUCACCAAAGGGAAGUUUUGUCGAUGGAUCUUAUUGCAGUGAAAAAGGAAGAUACUUUUUUAAACAAUCCCCGGGGAAAUUUGUUUCUUCUCGUCAAAAUUCACGUCAGACUUUGAUUAACCCUUGUAAUCCUUCAAAAUCUCAACAUCGUCACGGAAUGAGUAUACACCUUCGUAGGUGGGAACAUGUAUUUCCAAAACAUUUAUCAAUAAAUACAAUGAAAUGGAAUUCUUUAUGCACUCCUGCUUGCCUUCCUUUGACAACUGAUUAUUGUCCCCCAUUUAAUGAACAUGGAGCAUAUGAAGAGCAUGCUUAUACGAUCUCUAUUGAUUCCGAUGUUUUCACAAUGAAUCAAGAGAAUAAUAAUAAUGUCACGGAAGAAAGCAAAACGGAAGUUUUAUUAAACGAAAUUAUCUCCCAACGAUUAUCUCAGGGAUAUCAAUUGAUCGUUUCAAAUGGUUGUAUCGUUGAUAACACUUCAAAGGUCGUCAACCCUUCGGAUAAUUUCUCAAGGAGUCCUGAGAUCAAAUCACAAAUUUGGAAAGAUCAAUCAUUCCCAACGUCAAACCAAUAUUAUCUUAGUAUGGGACGUCACGUUCACCAAUUGACUUAUGAUCCUUCAGGGCCAACCAUUGAGGUCAAAAGAUACGUACGAAAGAUUCAAUACGAAUCAACACCAAUCCCAUAUACUUGUGUUGUUUGGCCUAAAUGUCAAAAAUCUUAUGAACCUAGAACUGUAAAGUUUACUUAUCCACAUAUAGAUUAUAAAUGGAAUUAUGUGGAUCAAUUGGUUUGUGGAUAUCAGGAUGUUCUCUUGGAGCCUUUAGUUUUAGAACCCUUAAAAUUCUGGAGGACAAGAUUCAUUUUAAUUCCAACGGAAUCUGUUCCCGCUAAUCAAUUAAAGACGGGAAAUGAACAAUUUGAUGAGGAGGAAGUUCGAAUAAAUGGUGUUUAUAAAUUUCUUGAACUUUUUGAUAAAGCCCUUUCGCAUGACAAAAUGGAAACUAAUAUUGACAAUAAGAAAGAAAGUCAAACUCCGCACCUGAAACCAACAACCGAUGAUUUAUCAAUUUUUGUUAUUACUCCUGAAGGGUUAUAUCCAAGAAGAUCAUCGGUACAUCCGACAGAUGAGAGACUUACAAAAGAUUCCAAGUUGGAUAAAAUUGCUCAUGCAAUGAUGAAUCCCGCAACAGGGAUCGUUAAGGAUCGUCGAUGGCGUUUUAGGUCAUAUCAAAAUGCGAUCAUUGGAAACGAAUUUGUUGAUUGGUUAAUAAAUAAAUUUCCGGAUAUUGAGACUCGAGCUGACGCUGUCGCAUUCGGUAAUGAUCUAUUAGACAGAGGAUUAUAUGAACAUUGUACAAGAAGGCAUCGAUUUUUAGAUGGAUAUUAUUUUUAUCAAAUUAAAGAAGAUUACGCACCUAGAAGACAGACCAAAGGAUGGUUCGGAACUUCCAAGACGAAGAACACGACAAAAGAUUCCGAAAAAGUCGAAGAGAUCAUUCCUACCACUUUAAAUCAACCAAGAAAACCACAAAAAAUUGAAUUCACAAAAGCCAUGCAUAUUGAUAUUGAUCCGGCAAAGAAGAGUGACAGAAGAGAAACGGCAACAUUACAUUAUGACGUUAUUUACAAUGUGGAAAAUUGUUAUCACUUUCAAUUAAAUUGGCUCGGAUGUACCGCGAGGUUAAUUGAAGAAUUAUUACAACAAUGGAGCAGAAAUGCCGAAAAGUAUGGGUUGAAAUUGGUUGAAACACCCGUUGAACAGGCCAUGAGUUUAACAGAUAAUAAUCCAUUUCAAUCCCCAACGUCAAUAAAAUUAUCAGUUUUACCGCCUACAUUAGAAAAGUUGGGAAAGAAAUUAAGCCCUGAAAUUAAUCCAAAUUUAUACUUUGAAAUUCAAUUAGUUAAACAUUUUAAAUUUAUAUUGGAUGUGGAAGCCGAUAAUCGAUUUCCAAAAGAAGUUGAAAUCAUUUAUUCUUAUCAUAAAACUCCAUAUAAAUAUUCUCAAUAUAUUCAUAGGUCCGGUGUUGCUUUUAUACAAAUUUGUGAUCCCGGUGAAGGUUUCUUAUGGGUUAACAAUAGAAUAUAUACUACUCAUACGUCGUCCUCUUUAUCUGCCAAUAAAAAUCCUUUCAACUUUGCGCCUAAUCCCGAUCAAUUGUUAUCAGAAUUCCAAAAUUUUUGUAAUAAUGAAACGGCUUUAAAAAAAUUUUGGGAUGACGUUGCUAAUAGUAUUGAAGAUUAUAAACCUCAAGGUGAUUUUAACGAAGGGGAAGAAACACCAAUAGAUGUUUUGCAAACUCCUAAUAUUAUAGAAACUCAAUGUUCAGAUAUUAAAAUAAUGGAUAAUUAA